AUGUUUCUGCCCAAGGCAAAUGGCCAACCGUCCGGUUGCUGGUCCCGCAGCGUCUCGGCUGGGGCCCCCCCUAACUCCAGAGAGCACCGGGGGGCACAGCCAUAUGAGGCCAUUCCCUUGGCAGGGGAUCAUGGAUGGCUCAAUCUUUACCACUUGUGGAGGACUGACGGUUUCUUCAACAGGCACCAAGUGAUGACAGAGAACUUCAACAGACUGGGACCCAUCUACAGGGAGAAGCUGGGAAGCAAGGAGAGCGUUAACAUUUUCCAGCCAGACGACAUUGCUGUGCUCUUCCAGUCGGAAGGGAUGUUCCCCAAAAGGAUGUUACUGGAUGCCUGGGUUGCUCACAGAGACUAUCGUAACCACAAGUGUGGUAUCUUCCUGAAGAACGGUGAGGUGUGGAGGAGUGAGAGGCUGGUUCUGAACAAAGAGGUGAUCAGUCCAUCUGCAGUCGGUAAAUUCAGCCCCCUGGUGGAUCUGGUGGUGCGGGAAUUCACAGACUUUGUGGAGCGGGAGCUGGAGGCUGGUCGUUGGCACACGGAGUUUAACAUGUUGCCCAUUUUGUUUCGACUUUCUCUCGAGUCCAGUUUCCACCUGCUGUAUGGAGACAGACUGGGUUUAUUUGCAGAGAAAGUGGAUUCCAGCUCUGACCGAUUUAUCCAAGCUGUUGAAGAGAUGCUACAGACGACUAUCCUGUUGCUGUACAUCCCCCUGGAGCUGGCCAAAUGGCUGAAUGUGAAACCCUGGCGAGAUCACAUGGCAGCGUGGGAUUUUCUGUUUGAACACGCUGACCAGUGCUUUGGGCAGCUUAUGCACAAGCUGCAGAACGUUCCAGAGGGAGAGAGGAAGUACUUGGGAAUUAUCCCAGAGCUGAUACAUCAGUCCAAGCUUCCAGUUGACAUCAUCAAGGCCAACUCUGUGGAGCUGAUGGUUGGAAGUGUGGAAACCGUGAGUAUCUCAGCACGGAGG